CCGUGGGACCUCUCAGUCCAAGGUCUGGAAUUCUGGGCGGAAGGCAGAAGAGAAAACAGUCACUGAGCCGACACUUUGCGUGUGUUGAUAGCAAAUCGUUUUCCCCACUUAUUCGCAGACUCGACCGAAUAUUCGCCCAUCGACCUUCAGCAAUUAUUAUUGGUAGUAUUUGAUCGACGGCUUUCGUUUUCUUCGCCCAGCGAAUCGCAGCAUCAUGGACGAAAGAAGGUCUUCCGUGGUCUGUUCCGUUCUUUAUGGGCUAAUGGUGCUGGUGCUGCUGGGUGUGUGCGCGAUGGACGUCUGCACAGCGCAGAUUCGGGCCAACAGUAUUUCUCUCGUCUACAUUCGGAACGGUCGUACGAGCACAAGACGUAGCUGGCUCGCCGGCCCGCGUCGUGAAACCUCCCGGCGCUCACCCAUCGUGUCCCGGCAGAUGGACCCCGGUAGCGCUGUGCAGUCCGGACUAGGCAAACGACAGGCCGUUCAGUUGGUGAACAUGAUGGGAUCAUCCGAGUGUGGCGUGGGGGGUCUCCGCGGCACGCUGGAUGCUACUCUGAGUCUUUGGAACUACGGUUGCUACUGCGGCUUUGGAGGCCACGGCAGGCCUGUGGACGCGAUCGAUAGGUGCUGCCAACAGCACGACUGGUGCUACAGACGAACCUCGCGAUCUGACGCUCACUGUAUGCCCAAGAUCAACCUCUACCGGUGGCAGUGCAAGGCUGGCAUACCCGUGUGCACUCGUGAUCGCCAGGGGAUAUCAGGAUCAGCGGGGAACGACGCGUCGAGCCGGAUCGCGGACUGCUCCGCCACGGCGUGUGCGUGCGACAGUGCGUUCGUGACGUGUCUCAACUCCGUCGACUUUCGCCACUCUUACAACACGUCCUAUGUGCGGUACAGCCGCAAGACGGGAGCAUGCCCUAGUAGAUAGCAGUGUACUGCGGACAGCUACAUGUACAUGUACGGUGCUGGCAACAGAAACCCGACCCCUGGCGAUUUCUGUUUUUCUUUUUCUGAAAUUUCUGUGAAUUUGUCUGUCGGUGUAGGAUGUACUCUGUGAAUAAACAGUCUUUUGACAAAACGUCGUUUUACGAUCUGUCGUCGAAAUAUUUGUUUUCUGUGAACAGUCACAAUCUCAUUUUAUAUUAGGCCCAGUAUACUAGCACAAGUGUUUUAACUCUGAGUUUCAUGCACUAAGCGAUCAUCAGAAAACAGUAAUUUUGAUCGCUUAGUGCGUGAAACUCAGAGUUAAUUAAAACACUUUCUCUGUCCUCUUAUUGUUUGAAUCAGCGAUCUGCCUCUCGGUAUUGAGCACUUUCUUGGACAGCCUGGAACCUCUCUGUUUUACUAGUACAUGUACAUGUACAUGUAGUAACAGCAUAGUAAAGAAUGGGUCUGGGCUAACUUGAUAUCUGCCCAUACCCGGCUCUUGUUCUCCUGUUCGUCACAGUUCCAUUCUCUCCCUCUGAUUUGUAACCAUGUUGUUCGCAACUUACUUCAUCCUGCGCCUUGAUCCUCGAAGGGUGGUGGCGUUCCUGCGGAUGCGGAAAACCCGGCCUCUAGCCGAGUCUGACGCGAGCUGUGAAUUUUGUUUCCCAACUUCAUGAUCAAAUGAACGUUCCUUCCUUUCUCUCUCUAGCCACACUACCUACUCUUCUCCCUUACGGUUACCUCGUUUAUCAAUUGUUUUAUUUUGUUUAUUAUCUCAACUACUGUGCAUUUGCACGGGA